AAAUCGCAACAGAAAAUGAAGCAUUUCUGAUCGAUCGGGAGUUGGGAUAUAUCAUACAUAUACUACGCCUCUGUUUCUUCGUCUCUAUCCAUUUCAUCUACCGCUAACCCUGACUUUGAUUUUCUCCGAGUUAGGGUUCCCCUCUGUCGCCGCGGCUCCCGAUCCCCAAUUUUUUACAUCGCCGAUCAAUUUCUUCGGGAGCUGUGGUAAUUUGAAUUAUUUCCUUCAAACCAGAUAAUAAAAAAAUGGGUCGAAUGGCUCGCUGCUGCGUUCAAUCUCUUCUGAAGCUGGUCAAUUCGCUCCUCGGAAUGGUCGGAAUCGCCAUGAUGAUUUACUCGCUUUGGAUGUUCAGAGUCUGGCUCCGCACCGACGAAUCUACUGACGUCCCUGUUCCGUGGUUUAUAUACGCUAUUCUGGGCAUUGGUGCUAGUUUGUGCGUCAUCACAUGCUCAGGUCACAUUGCUGCGGAGACUGCCAAUGGCUGCUGCUUGUACAUUUACAUGGCUUUUGUCUUCAUGAUUUUUCUGCUGGAAGCUGCAGUUACUGCAGAUGUGUUCCUAAACCACAAUUGGCAAGAGGACUUCCCAGCAGAUGCAACUGGAAAUCUCGAUAAGUUGAAGGACUUUGUCAAGGACAAUUUUGACAUCUGUAAAUGGAUUGGCUUGUCAGUGGUUGCUGUGCAGGGACUAAGCAUGUUAUUGGCUAUGGUACUCAAAGCUUUAGGUCCACAUUCUGAGAAAUACUAUGAAAGUGAUGAUGAGUAUCUACCAGAUAGGGUGCCCCUGCUGAAGAAUUAUGCCCCUCCACAUGGUAGUGAACCGGCAUACGGGAAAAGUGAUUCCUGGAUUGUUAGGUCCAACAGUAAGACCCUCAGGUAAAGAAAUGAAACGGGAGUGUGCAGACAAACAGUGGGAGUAGGCUAUUGCGUCUCAAAACAUCAAGUUUACUAGUUUCUGGCAGUCGAUAGAGUGUUCUUGAGCUUUAGUUGGUCGACAUCAUCUCCACCAACCUUGUACACGCUAAUUUUUAUGCCAAAUUAUAUCAAGUGGUACAUCUGUGAAUAUCAUUAGACAUAUCGACUGGGUGAUGAACAGAACCCUAGUAUUGUUGAUAGCUGUUCACCUGUUGUUUUAGGUGCAGCUCUCUUUAAGCAGUGUAAUUUGUCAUUUUAGAACUAGUUGUUUAAUUGUUCACAUUUUGACAUGCAUUAUAUGUCAUGAUUGUUAUUUCUUUGUU